UUUUCUCUCCGGUUGUUCCGCAUUCCUGCCGCAUCAAACGCGGCUGUCAUGGCGUCGGCCCUCGGUCGUCUUCGCUGGCUUUCGCCGCUCACAAAUGUCCUCGCCUCGCGGUUGGCUGUAACGCCGUGCCGGACAGCCGUGAGCACCUCCUCCGGGGCCAUUCUGCCCCAACCCAAGAAGACCCCCUUCGGCCUUUUGCGGAUUGCAGCGGUGCUGGUGCCCUUCUUGUAUGUGGGGACUCGGAUCAGCAAGAACUUUGCUUCGCUACUGGAGGAACACGACAUUUUUAUCCCCGAGGACGACGACGACGACUACUGAGGGGCCGCCAUUCGCCAGACAACAGAUUGUUUUGUUUACAUCUACUGGGACAAAUGGGACCGGGUGAAGCCUUCCUUUGCCUCAUCUGUACUAAAGUCAUGAUUUUGACUGUCAAUUGUAUAAAAGGCAGCUAGCUGUAUUGUUCUGUAUUUGCAUGUGCUAAUAAACCGUUUGAUAACGUGGGUUUAAAAAAUGUAACAGCAAGUCAUUGAGUAGUUUUUUAGUGAAAGUGGGAACAUCCAAGUGACUGAACAUAUGAAGGAAAUAAGAAUAAAAAAGUUUGGAUUUUAAAGGGGCAGAUCCUUAUAUGUUCAAGGAUUCUAUCCUUGACUGGUGGUGGUAGUUUUCCUGACAUCUUGGGAGACUUGAUGAAGAGCGGGGGCCAGGGCGAUAAAACAUACCAAUAUGUAUCGCAAUAUACAGCUUAUCGAUAUCAAUAAAAGAGUCACCUAGACAGCAUGGAAGAUUUUUCCAAAGGGGACCGUAGUCAGACCAAUUUGGUCUGUGAAUGAUGCAAGGCAAGACCGCUAAUACCACACUUUCUUAGCCACGCUCACCCUUUAGAGCACUGCUGUAACGCCCUGGCACUAAACCUGCAGAAAAUAGUUCUUCUCAAGUUUCUCUUUUUAUAUUUUCACACAUUGCACUAUUUUCUUACACUUUGAGGCAUUUCUUACAAAUUCUUUAUUUUUGCAUGUUCAUUUUAAAAGGUUAUAUUAAGUGUUCAGUGAUUUUACUUUUUUGUUUACAUUGUAUUCCAUGAUUGACAUUUCCUUUCUGCCUUGAUAUCUGAAGGGUCCAUCUCAAAUAAAAAUGUUUACAUUUA